AUGACCCUGCAACUGGAGUUGGGAAGGAGCUGGGAGGUGCAGGUUCCUCAAGAGAAGCCAAAGAGGAUGGGAAACUUCCUCUUCUUGCCACAAGCGAAGAAGAUGCGUUCCGAGCUGCAGAAAUGGAGAAUGGAUCGAAGGCAUCGGUUGCCAGAAGCCAUCAGUGCAUUCAAUGGGAACGCUGUGACUGUAGAACGAGGAGAAGAGACAUGCGUAAACGCUCACACAGAGGUGGUCUCAAGGUACUUCUCCGAAGUUCAUGCACCUCUUUUGAACAUUGUACCCACAGAGGAACGCGGCGAACCAAUCGCAGACAAAAAGAUCGGGGUCGUCUUCUGCGGUCGCCAGGCACCAGGAUGUCACGACUUCGUUUGUGGUUUAGUGGAUAUGAUGCCACCGAAUUUCGGAAACAAGUUGUAUGGCUUCGUCGGUGGCACUAAGGGCUUCUUGGACAAGCAGGCCGUUGAGCUCACGUCAGAGAUUUGCGACGCUUUUCGUGGCACAGGCGGUUUGGACAUGCUUGGACGAACUGUUGAUCGAAUCAACACCAAGGAUGAAUCCGAGAAGGCCAAGAUCACUUGCCAGGAGUUUGACCUGGACGGCCUGGUGCUGGUGGGCGGUGCUCGCACAAACACGGAUGCAGCUUAUCUGGCAGAGUACUUUAAGCAGAACAAGGUGAAAACCGCCGUUGUCGGCGUGCCCUGUGGCAUUGAAGGGAGCAUGGUCAAUGAGUUUGUGGAAGCGUCGCUGGGUUUUGAUUCCAACGCAAAAGCCAUGGCCCAACUCGUUGGGAACACUGCAAUCGAUGGAUCCAGUGCCCGAAAGUAUUACUACUUCCUGAAGCUCAUGGACGGCUCUACAACUGGAGGCAAAGUGCCGACGUCCCACGUUGCCUUGGAAGUGGCACUGGAGACCAAGCCAAAUCUCCUUCUACUCACAGAAGAGGUGGAUGAUCACCGCAACAAUUUGCGGGAAAUUGUCAGCGGCAUCGCAGAUGUGAUUUCAGAUCGGGCAGAUGAUGGUAAGAAUUUUGGCACGAUUCUAGUUGCAGAGGGUUUGCUAGCAGCAAUUCCCGAGUUCCGUACUUUGAUUAAAGAGCUGGAGGGGGUGCCCAUGCCUAGCACCGUGGAAAAGGCUCUACCAGAGUUGACGACCUGGUCCGCGGCAUUGUUCCAAAGCCUUCCGGAAUUCAUUCAGAAGCAGCUUUUGCUGGAAAGGCAGAGCAACGCUGCGCUACAGCUCUCCCAGUUGGAGACAGAGCGCCUCAUGGCUUGGCUUGUCGAGGACGAGUUGAAGCAGCGCAAGAAGAAGGGAGCCUUCAAAGGAAGCUUCUCCCCUGUGUGCCAAUUCCUUGGAUAUCAGGCACGCUGCUCCAUGCCCUCAGACUUCGACAGCGACUAUGCUUACGCUUUGGGUGGAACAGCUGCUGUCUUGGCCUCCCGCUCCUGCAACGGAUAUAUGGCUGUCGUUUCAGAUUUGGCUCAGCCAGUUGAACGCUGGCACCCUGGAGGGGUCCCUUUCACUGCAAUGCUCCAGGUGCCGUUGCAAUUGCCCAAAGAGUCCUUCCGCCCACGUCCGGGCAUUUUCCCACGCAAGGCUGCAGCAUUGUCCACAUUGCCCGUUGUGCAUUCCAGAAAUCAGAGGAGAAAACUGUACAGGUUGACGCAGUCCCUGUGGCAGCAUUUUGAAACCCAGGAGCGAAUGCUCGAGCUGAUUCUCGGCCAUCCCGGCGUUGCCCUUGACAGACAAAGUCAGUAUGCUUUGCCAGCCCCGGAUCCGACGGAUCCGACGGAUCCAGCCAACAGACCUGUCAUUCGACUAGUGUCCGGAGGAAGCCCUGAAGUUGAAACCGCUGAUCAGAUGUUGGGAAAGGAACAUCAAUUGGAGAGGAUUGAAACCGUAGAAAUACCGGAGUUGGGCACAGCACUCCCCAUCUCUGAUUCAGAAGGAAAAGAAAUCAGAUGCCAAAUACUUCCAGAGGUCACUGACGGCCAAAGGUCAGAGAGGCCUGAGGCAAAACUUGAGACAAACAAGAUGAGCAUGAUGAGCAAUGUCUCAAAUUUUCCUGACGGAAAGAAAAGCCACAAGACCAGCAACAAGAUGACUGACAAGAUCAGUGGCAAGAGCAGCCAGAAGUCGGAGAGCAAGGGCCCUGACGAGCUGACCGUCAUUUCUGGCGAGCGACGGAUAGAGGCCUUGCCAUCAAGAUCUUCGAGCCGAGCCAGGCCUGGAGUUUCCUUUGCCGACAUUUCCCCACCAGUCGUCUUAGAUGCGCCGGAUCCUCCAGAUGUUUCUUCCUUGCCGCCACUAUCCGACCAGCUUUCGGAUCAGGAUCCAGUUGCUCAUCCAGUGGCGACACCUGCACAGCAGAAACCACAGUCACCGCAGAAACCACAGUCACCAUCGUUGAUUGCCAACGGUUUGCACUGUGCAGCACAAAAACUACAUGCCGCGAGCGAAUUGACGAAGAAUUCACCAUUCUCCAGCGGGAAUGUUCAAGCUAGCAAGCUGAGAAAAAAAAUCGCGUUUCUACGUGCAGAAUCUGACCUCGUCGGAGGAGGAGGAGUGAGCACAUGCAAGUGCCUGGAAAGUGUGAUGCGAGUUCUUAACCAUUGUGGUGAUGCUCUUCACAGUUUUGUGUUCUGGAUUCGAAAUUUGGACGAGCCGAAGAGAAGUUCUUGCCUUGCCAGACUUAUCCAUCACAAAGUCUUUGAAGCUUCUGUCAUGCUGGCAGUGGUGGCAAACACAAUUUACAUUGCUUAUGAAACAAAUUUUGAAAUGGCAAACCUUGGAAAGUUUCUGGAAAUAGGUCAACUGGUGGAGAUCCUCUUCUUGGUAUUCUUUUCUGUGGAGAUUGGAAUCAGGCUGUGGGUACAUGGAAUGUACUUUUUUGUCAACGACGACUGGUCGUGGAAUUUUAUGGACGCAGCCCUGAUGUUUCUAGCGUGCCUAGACCAGAUACUGGAAUAUGCAAAUGCGUCAGUCGGCAAAGUCGGCAUGCUCCGUUUGCUGCGAGUGACAAGACUGUUCCGCAUUAUACGAGUUCUACGCUUCCUCAAAGAAGUCCGGGUAAUGCUGGUGGCGAUUGUUGGUUCUUUCAUCUCAUUGUUUUGGGCGCUAUCGAUGCUCGCGGUCAUCAUAUUCAUGUUCGCAGUCUACUUCAUGCAGCAAAUGACAGCCUACCUGACAACCAGGGCAGCAAACCCGGAUGAGCUGUGGCAAAUGCAGUGGGAUUAUUUCAACAACCUCGGCUCAUCUAUGUAUGUUCUGCUCAUGGCCAGUACCGGUGGAAAGGACUGGGAAGAAGUGUAUUUGCUUCUUGAGCCCUUGGGUUUCGACUGCACAUUCGCAUUUACGUUUUACCUCCUUUUCUUCACGCUGGGUGUGAUGAAUAUAAUAACGGGAGUUUUUGUGGAAAAUGCCAGCGUACUAUUCAAGCCGGAUGACCGCGAGGCAUUGUCGGAAUACAUGAGGCAGGUUCAAGAUGAUAUUGAACAGGUGACAGCCAUCUUGCAAGUCGCGGACACCGAGAACUCUGGAUUCCUUUCUGUCACCCAGUUGGUCCGGGCAAUGAAAAAUGACAGGUUUGAACAUGCUUUCAGGACUCUGGGCAUAGACAUCCGGAUGCCAGAGCACUAUUUCAAAACGCUUGCAUCCGUUACGCAGCAAGAUGAGCUGUCGAUCGAUGAGUUUGUCGCACAUAUCGUUCAGAUGAAGGGUGCCGUCUCUCGAACAGAUGUGCAGACUCUCACUCUGGAGACAGCAUUGCUUCAGAGAGAAGUGCAAAAACUCUCAGUUGGAAUGCAGCAAAUCUUAUCGAACAUCACACGGCUACAAGUUGCGCAGAGCGAGAUCCAUGACGAAUUGCGAGAAGGACACGGAGAUGGGAAAAUUGAGAGCACAUUGAGAGAAGGCUUUUACGAGGAGUUCCUCAAGCAUCAACGAGAGAUAGAAAAGCGUGCAGCUGGACGAGGAACUGAGUCGACAUCCUUGACUAUUGGUGCCUUCAACUUCAGGGCUGCAGUGCGCAGUGCGCGGAGGAUUGCACCUGAUACGGAUACUUGGAAAGGCAAUGUCACUUCAACAUCAUCGUCAGGCGGCAGGGUUACCCGAGGGACCUCCGCCUCAUGGCCUUCAAAAAGACCAAAGGGACGAUGA